AUGGGUUGCGUUUUUCUGGGCAUGUUUGGUAUUAUGUGGGUACUAAUAGUUUUGAUUCAUUUCAGUGGACACAGUGGUGGUUGCUUGGAAGGAGAGAGGAGGGGUCUAUUGGAAUUCAAGGACUUCCUCAAAUCCAACGGUGCUGAUGCAGAUCGUAUCCUCCCUACCUGGGUUGAGAAACCAGCAGAUCAUCAUCUGAAUGAGUGCUGUGAUUGGGAGAGAGUCUCAUGCGAUCCUACCACUGGGCACGUGACUGAGCUCUCUCUGCAUAAUAUAAGAGAUAUAUCAGGCGAUGAAUAUUUUUACAGGUCUAGUGGAUUUUUCGGAUUUGAAGAAGAUUUCAGAGAAUACCACCAAAACAGAAUUUGGUUCAUAAAUGCCUCUGUCUUCCUUCCUUUCAAAGAGCUCCGAAACCUCAACUUGUCUUAUAAUUUAUUUAGUGGUUGGAUUGACAAUCAAGGUACGUAA